AGCCCAGUUCUUGGCAACGACGUCCUUGUUACCCGGCGGGUGUGUGCCAAAAACAAAAUAGCUUCAAUCAACUCAGCCGACACACACCACUGACGUACUUGCCGAACAACAGCAUAUCUCACAAAAAGUUGAGGUAUUGAUUUACCUGUACUCCUCCCCACCUCCACUCGUUAUAGUCAGUCCUCUGUAUACUUACUCCAUUGUAGGAAUUACCAGUCAAUCGCUUCCAAGGUACGAUAUACCAAGCUCCCCAAAGCUCCUCCUCACAUGUUUGCAUUGAGAAUUCACAAUCCCCGCAACCACCACCACCAACCCCUCAAUAACUAACCACCGCACCAACCUACCUCCAGCACUCACUCCCACACAAUCACAAUGGCUGACACCGCCCCCGCGACGACGACAUCCCCCACCUCCCGCGCUGUCUCCCGCCCCGUCAGCGAAGCCCUCCUCAACGAGAAGUGGGACCGCUGCUUCUCCAACCUCAUCAUCAAGUCCUCCCUCGGCCUCGGCUUCGGCGUAGUCUUCUCAGUCCUCCUCUUCAAGCGCAGGGCGUGGCCCGCCUUCGUCGGCGUCGGCUUCGGUGCCGGCCGGGCGUACGAGGAGUGCAAUUCCAGCUUGAAGCAGGCUGCCAAGGAGAUCAGGAAGCAAGCCUAG